CGGGCAACCCUCGCCUUCCUCCCCUUCCCCGGGCGGGCGGGGGGAUGCGGGGACAGCCGCCGCGGGGUGAUGGGGAUUCCCUGCCGUCUCUGUUGAUCCCGUUCGGUUCGUUCCCAGAGUCGGCAGGGGCUGGGCACCGGGCGCAGGAUCGGAGGGAACGGCGCUGGGGGUGAAGGUCUGGGGAGGCGCGGGCGGCGCGGCCGAGGGCCCCGCGUGGGUGCGGGCGUGUGAGUGUGUGUGUGUGAGUGUGUGUCGCUCCGGGUCCACGCUCAUGCACACACCCACACGCCCGCACUCCGGCUCUGCCCCCUCGGCCGGCGUGAACCUCUGCGGAGCCUGUCUUGUGCUCCCGAAGUAUUCGGUCCCAGCACAAAGCAAGUCUGAAAAAGUUUUCCCCAGGUCCCAGGUCCCAGUGAGAAGCAGGCUGCGGGGUCUCCGCAGCGGCGGGCACAGGCGAAGCAAGCCCCAUCCCGGGGUUCGCCAGCCCUUGGCCUGGCGAAAAGCCAAGCUCCGGCCUUGCCCUCCCACCCAAACUCAUCAUUCCUCGCGCUGCAGACGCCGGCAGUGCCGGCGCUUCCACCCCAGCUGGCACCGUGAGCCGGCAGCACCUCUGUUCACAGCCCGCAGGUUGAGCACCACUCCCCACCCCAAACCCCCGCCCGUCCGCCCAGGCGCUCGUCUUCUUCCCUGGAACCAGCUAUUUCCGACCAUCUCAGAUCAGGCGCCUGAACCUCACUGCCCUUUCCUGGAGCAGGAAGCACUCUCUGCAUGAACUGUCAGGGUUAUCUCUCUGUCCUACGAUGCCAUCAGUUCUCAUCCUAAACAUCUUGAGAGGGUCAAGCGUGUGGCUUUUAAAAUCAAUGUCUUGAACUCCAGAAGACCUCGUCCGCCCUGAGAAAACUAAGUAGGCAGGCUUUCUCCUCAGAGCCUUCUCUGCCCUCUUUUCCUCCCGUUGCCCCUUCUGCACCACACCUGUGUCCAUUCCCUGCCUUUCCUUCCUUUCCUGAGCUCAGGGAAAGAUCUAAUAAACUCUUUAGGGCAUAAGCUCUAAGCAAAAGGAGGGAACUUUGAGGGUGGGAUCUGAGGCUCCUUGGAGCCAGUGCAGAAGGAAUUUGAGGGUGGGAAGGAGCCUUGCUGAUUCUCACAGAUUCAGACAUUAUUAGACCAGGCUUACAUCACACAUUGUUUCUCUUUAAUCAAUAUCAAACAAUAUAUUUCAGUUCAGUAAAUAGCAGAGUGUCAGAAAACAAGCUAGGUGCUUGUUGGUCACAGUUCUGGAGGGGAGACAAAUAAAUGUCUCCUUUUAAAAAAUGACACAGAAAUAAAUACUCCUUAAAAAUGCCAUGGAAGUCUAUGCAAUGUAUCUCCUAAAACAUUGGAAGGAGUGGGGCAAAUUUGGGAAAAUUUCAAAGUAGAAAAUAACAUUGUUGUUCAGCAGCUGAGUCAUGUCAGACUCUGCCAUCCCAUGAACUACAGAGCACCAGGCUUCCCUGUCCUUUACUAUCUCCUGGAUUUUGCUCAAACUCAUGUCCAUUGAGUUGAUGAAAGUGAUACUAGACACUGA